GCCCCGACCCCAGCGCCGGGUCACGUGCUUCGCGGUCACGUGCGCGCGGGGUCACAUGACACACCCCCCCCCUUACAGCGAUGGCGGAGGAGGAGCCGCUGCUGCCGGCCCCCCCAGCCGAGGCCCCCCCGGAGCCGCCGAGCGCCCCCUGGAGGAACGGAGCCGCCUUUUGGCUCCUGGGCUUCUGUAACAACGUCCCCUACGUGGUGAUGCUCAGCGCCGCCCGCGACAUCCUCCAGCCCCCCGAGGCGCCGCCGCCCCACGGAAACGGCUCCCGCUACGACUGUAACCCCGUGUCCACUGGGGCCGUGCUCCUGGCCGACAUCCUCCCGGCGCUGCUGGUCAAAGUGGCCGCCCCCUUCGGGCUCCACCUCCUGCCCCACAGGCGUGGUGUUGGCCAGCGCCGCCUCGGGGCUGGGGGAGGUCACGUUCCUGGCGCUCGCCUCCGGCUACCCCAGGGUGGGCGUGUCCUGCUGGUCCUCGGGGACGGGGGCGGCGGGGCUGGGCGGGGCCCUGGCCUAUGGGGCGCUGCUGCAGGCGGGGCUGCCCCUGCCCCACGCCCUCCUGCCCGCCCUCGGCCUCCCCCUGCUCACCCUGCUCAGCUACUUCUUCCUGCUGACCCCGCCCCCGCCCCCCACGGAACCUCCGCCCCCCGCCGUGGGGCUGACGCUGGGCCAGAAAUGGAGGCUGGUGAAGCUGGAGCUGCUCUACUUCCCUUCCUCCGCCCUGACCCACGGCGAGCAGUACCGCUGGUACCAGCUGCUUUACCAGGCCGGCGUUUUCGCCUCCCGCUCGUCCCUUCGGUGCCUCCGGCUGCGCCGCGUCGCCCUCCUCGCCCUCCUGCAGGUCUUCAACGCCGCCCUGCUAUUGGCCGCCGUGGCCACGCCCUUCCUGCCCGCCCUGGGCGUGGCCUUCGCCGUGGUGGCGGGGGAGGGGCUGCUGGGGGGCGCGGCCUACGCCAACGCCUUCCUCAACGUGGCCGAGGAGGCCCCGCCCGAGGGGCGGGACUUCGCUGUGACAGUGGCGUCGCUGGGAGAGACGGUGGGCGUGGCCCUGGCCGGGGGGGCGGCGCUGGGGGUCCACGACUUCUUCUGUGGGGCGGCCUGACCCACGGCACGGGAGGAGGAGGGCUCUGGGCCCCACGGCUCUGCCCCAUAGCGGCAUGGACAGCUGGGCCCCACUGCUCUGCCCCAUAGAGCUCUGGGCCCCAUGGGUCUGCCCCAUAGGGCUCUGGGCCCCAUGGCACUGCCCCACAGUGCUCUGGGGCCCACGGCGCUUUCCUAUAGUGGCAUGGAGUGCUGGGCCCCACUGCUCUGCCCCAUAGAGCUCUGGGCCCCACGGCUCUGCCCCACAGCGGCAUGGACAGCUGGGCCCCACGGCGCUGCCCCAUAGAGCUCUGGGCCCCAUGGCUCUGCCCCAUAGGGCUCUGGGCCCCAUGGCACUGCCCCACAGUGCUCUGGGGCCCACGGCGCUUUCCUAUAGUGGCAUGGAGUGCUGGGCCCCACUGCUCUGCCCCAUAGAGCUCUGGGCCCCACGGCUCUGCCCCACAGCGGCAUGGACAGCUGGGCCCCACGGCGCUGCCCCAUAGAGCUCUGGGCCCCAUGGCUCUGCCCCAUAGGGCUCUGGGCCCCAUGGCACUGCCCCACAGUGCUCUGGGGCUCAUGGCGCUUUCCUAUAGUGGCAUGGAGUGCUGGGCCCCACUGCUCUGCCCCAUAGAGCUCUGGGCCCCACGGCUCUGCCCCACAGCGGCAUGGACAGCUGGGCCCCACGGUGCUACCCCAUAGAGCGCUGUGACCCACGGCGCUGCCCCAUAGGGCUCUGGGGCCCACGCCUCUGCCCCACGGCGCUGCCCCAUAGAGCGCUGUGACCCACGGCACUGCCCCAUAGGGCUCUGGGGCCCAUGCCUCUGCCCCACGGCGCUGCCCCAUAGAGCGCUGUGACCCACGGCGCUGCCCCA